CUUUCGAAGUUUAGCAAACAAUGGCAUACAUGAUCAUCAUCACAUUGAUCAUUUCUUUUGUAUUCUUUUGCUGCUUCUUUCGCAACAAAAAUGGUCUUCCAACAAACUGGCCUCUUGUUGGAAUGCUUCCCGCACUUCUUAUAAACACUCACAGAAUCAACGAUUUCAUAAUUGAACUCAUGCAAAACUCUGAUCUCAAUUUCCAUUUAAAAGGCCCUUGGUUCACCAACAUGAAUUUUCUAUUCACUGUUGAUCCCACCAACAUUAACCAUGUUUUAAGCAAGAAAUUUGAAAAUUAUGUCAAGGGCGCCAAGUUAAAUGAAAUUCUCGAACCCCUUGGAGAAGGAAUGUUUAAUACAGAUUCUUCUCUAUGGCGUUAUCAUCGAAAUGUGGCUCAAUCUUUCUUCAACCAUCCCAAAUUCCACCAUUUUUUGGUCGAUGUUACUUGGAAAAAAGUAAAAGUUUAUUUUCAUGCUGCAUUAUGUGAAGCAUUGAGGUUGUAUCCUCCUAUAGCAUCAAACCUCAAAACACCAACUGAGCCAGAUAUCCUUCCAAGUGGACAUAGAGUGAAUCCAAAUAUACAAAUUGUUUUUCACGCGUAUGCAAUGGGAAGGAUGAAAUCGAUAUGGGGAGACGACUGUAACGAGUUUAAGCCUGAAAGAUGGAUAUCGGAACAAGGGAUGAUCAAACAUGAGCCGUCGUAUAAGUUUUCUGUGUUCAGUUCUGGGCCGAGGAUUUGCAUGGGGAAACAGAUGGUUUUCACCCAAAUGAAGAUUAUUGCUGCGAUUAUUAUACAAAACUAUCAUAUCAUAUAG